GCGGCACUGGUGCCAGUCGGCUGUGUCCUAAUGUGUCCCUGUGCCUGACAUUGGAGCAGCUUCUCAUUCCAGCCAGGAGCCCAGCACGGGCUAUUUAUAGCCCUGGCACCUCACUGCUCACCAGAAGCUCUGUGCUGCUGUGUCAGAGCUCUGUUUCCUCUCCCACCCACUCUCACGGACACCUGCCGCUCCCAGCGUCGGAAAGGAUUUGAGAAAACCAGUUCAAUCUGCCAUACGAGCCCCAGAUCCUGCAAAUAUUUAAGCUGAAACAUUCCCGAUGAAGACCUUGAAUUUUGAGGAUAUCUAAAGAGAGGAAGUUUGAAGGCCAACCAUGGAUCACAAGGCUGAGGAGAAAAGGAAGCAGCACCACAGCUUGACUUUAUUAGAACAAGUAAAGGGAAUGAAGGAAUCGACACAAAUAAUUGAUGUUGUGCUCAUUGCAGAAGGUGAGAAAUUCCCCUGCCAUAAGGUGGUGCUGGCUGCCUUCAGUCCCUAUUUCAAAGCCAUGUUCACCUGUGGCUUGGUUGAAUGCACGCAGAGAGAGGUGGUGCUGUAUGACAUCUCUGCAGAGAGCGUGUCCACGAUCCUCCACUACAUGUACAGUGCGGAUUUGCUCCUCACGAAUCACAACGUGCAGACUGUCGCACUGGCUGCGUAUUUCAUGCAGAUGGAAGAUGUUUGCAACAUGUGUCAGAAGUACAUGAUGGACCACAUGGAUGCUUCCAACUGUGUGGGCAUCUACUACUUUGCGAACCACAUCGGGGCAGAAGAUUUGUGUGACCAAGCACGGAAAUACUUGUAUCAGCAUUUUGCUGAGGUGAGCUUGCAGGAAGAAAUAUUAGAGAUUGAAUUCCAGCAGCUGAUGGCUCUCAUAAAGUCAGACGAUCUGAAUAUUUCCAGGGAGGAGAGCAUUCUGGACCUCGUCAUUAGAUGGGUCAAGCACAGCAGGAAGUCACGUUCAGAACACCUUAUUGAGCUCCUCAAGCAAGUGAGACUGGUGCUCAUCAGCCCUUCCUUUCUUGUGGAAGCCCGGAAAAGGAACACAAUGAUUCUGUGCAAUUCAGAAUGCAAUGACAUGUUUGAGGAAGCACUGAAAGCCAUCAAACUAUCCAGCCACCCUUCCCUCAGCCUGCGAUAUGGCAUGGAAACCACUGAUCUCUUGCUCUGCAUCGGCAACAAUUCUCUUGGUAUUAGGUCCAGACAUGGUAGCUAUGCUGAUGCCAGUUUUUGUUACGCUCCUGCAACACGAAAGACUUACUUCAUUUCCUCCCCAAAGUAUGGAGAGGGUUUAGGAUGUGUUUGUACUGGUGUUGUCACUGAGAAAAAUGAUAUCAUUGUGGCAGGAGAGGCAAGCGCCGUCAAAAUGUCUAGACAAAAGACCAGGAACAUUGAAAUUUAUAGAUACCACCAGCGAGGAAACCAGUUUUGGCACAGCCUGUGCACCACUCAGCUCCGUGAGCUCUACGCACUGGGCACUGUCCACAACGACCUCUACGUAAUAGGAGGGCAAAUGAAAGUGAAAAAUCUGGUCACAAACUGUGUGGAGAAGUAUUCCAUGGAGCAAGGCACCUGGAGAGGCACGGCACCUCUUCCAAUACCAUUGGCAUGCCAUGUGGUGGUGACAGUGAAGAACAAGCUGUAUGUGCUGGGUGGAUGGACACCACAGAUGGAUCUGCCUGACGAUGAGCCGGAUCGAUUAAGUAACAGAACGUUUCGGUACGACCCGGGCCAAGACAAAUGGACGGAAGGAGCUCCAAUGAAGUACUCAAAGUACCGCUUCAGCACAGCCGUAGUCAGCGGGGAAAUUUAUGUCUUGGGAGGAAUUGGGUGCCUUGGUUAUGACAGAGGACAGACUCGGAAAUGUCUUGAUGCAGUGGAGAUUUAUAACCCUGAUGGAGACUUUUGGAGAGAUGGACCUCCUAUGCCUUCUCCUCUUCUCUCCUUACGAACAAACUCUACCAGUGCAGGUUGUGUGGAAGGGAAGCUGUACCUUUGUGGAGGAUUUCAUGGAGCAGCUCGUCACGAGGUUAUCACCAAAGAGAUCCUUGAGCUGGAUACAUGGGAGAACCAAUGGAAUGUGGUGGCCACCAACGUCCUCAUGCACGACAGUUACGAUGUUUGCCUUGUUGCCCGGCUGAACCCACGGGAUCUUAUCCCUCCUCCCCCAGAUUUAGUGGACCAAUAGAAGUUCAGUGACUCUCAGUGCUUCCAGAUUCUGCAGAAACUGAAGAAUGUGGAGAGACAAAUGCUGCAUUGGCUCUGGGUGAGAGCUGAGUGCCACAGAGAGGAAAUGGCAACAUGUGCUUAAGGACAGAAUUGCCUUUGGGCUGUGCUUCUUGGACAAUGCUUUAUUUGCUAGUACUGGUACUCUGCACUUCUGUGAUUGAAAGUCAAGGUCGUCCAGCCUUUGUGCAUGGCUUCUCAUCUUCAAUCUGGCUGCACAAGCUUCAGUGUUGGGCACAACAUGGGCUGCUGGGACCCUUUGCCUCACAGGCAAGGGGCAGCCCAGGGCUCAUUUCACAGCAGAGCAUGACAUAUGACAGAAAGCUUUAGCCAUGGAAAACCCUCCUUUGCUGUUCAUCACACAUGGUUCUACUAAGCUAUCCAGGAAGCUAAGAAAUAUAUGAAGUUAACUGAUGAAAACAAGUGCCAGACCAUAGUUUACUGAUGCAAAGGGAAAACAUAGACAAGCCUUUGUUUGUUUUAAACAAAACCUCAUUAGUCAAGUGCACAAGCUACAGCAAACAUUAUCUAACCCACAGACAGGACAGUCAAGAGAUCCUGUCUUUGCCAGUAGAGCUGAACCUGUGCUAGUAGAAAACUACUCUUUUGGCAACAAGUCAUAAGAAAGUCUUCCAGCAAGGUCAAUCAGUCUGUACCAAAGACAAGAAGAAUCCUAAAUUUUCACAUAGAAUCUAUCUGUUACAAGGCCUUUUGUGACCAAGAUCUUAGAGCUCUGUUAGGAAACUCCCUUUGAGAGAUGGAGAAGGGGAUGCAAAAUAACAAAGCAGAUCAUUAUUAUCUGCAUAUCAGCUUUGCAGCUACAGGGAAAGGAUAGACAUGCUAAACAAUAAAUUUUUAUAUAAUAGGAAUAGCUUUAAUGAAGUAGCAUAAGGUAAAUUCUCUACCAACAAAAUUGGCUAUAAUCAUAGGGAAGAGGAAUAAUUCAAACAGUGCUUCUGAAGGCAUAGUUAGCCUUUGUAGAGCUUGAAGACAGUAAGUUAGAGAGAAAAUUGUUUAUAGUACCACCAUCCCAUUUAAAUUACCAAUAACUAUUCAUCAGUUCUCUGGUGCCUACCUUACAGUGUAUCUGUCUGUCACUGCCUGGGCAGUACAGACAAGGGAAUUGGAAAUCUCAGUUGUGCUCUUGGGCCACAAUUGCAAAUGACAGUAUGCUGCAAUGCAGAAUGAAUGUCGGAGACAAACACUGAGUAAAGUAUGAUAUAUCAUACUUUAUGAGACAAUAUGAGAAUGAUCAUUGUCAUGACCAUUGUCAGCAAGAAGUUGCUUUUGAUCCCACAAAAGCAGCAACAAAACUAAAAGGAAAGAACUGGCAAUGAAAUGAGGGAAUCCAUCAGGUAGUUCAUCCAUAGUUAUUUGCAGGAUUGCACUUCAGAGCAUCUCUAUUUUCUUUCUCAGUCUUUCUUUCUCAGGCUGCAAAAGUAUCAGCUAUUUUUUUUGGUUGGAUUUUUUUUGCUUGAAAUGCUUAUGGCAGAGAGGGAUGGAGAGGAUGACCCAAAAGCCCUUUCCCAAUUCUGACUUUUCUGAUUUAUGAACUAUUCUCUAAAAUACCCAGUGGGAGUAUUAAGCUGUCAUGUAAAAAUUACUAGCAUGAGUGUCACUAAAUCUUAUUUGAUAACACUAGUAGGACACUGAGAAGUGCUCAGAUAAUAAGGGAACUGGGGAGAAGAAACUCAGGAAAACAUGUAGAAAAGAAGUAAAUCUGUGAGCAGAUAAUCACUUGUCUCUCCUUAUGUUUCCCAAGCAGAAUGAGUGUGACAGCCUAAACUCUUGUGUUUGUAUAAUUUCUGUAUUAUCCAGCCAUUCUUUUUUCAUAUGUAGGUCAUCAUCUGCCUAGAACAGAGCUGUGACAAGCAUGAACUUCAGCAGUACAAAUCAGCGGCCGGUUCCUACAAUCUUAACCCCUCUGGUCGCUAAGUGCAGUUGUAGGCAUAAGAUCAAGGAGGCAAACUCUGCUUAAAUAGGUUUUUAAACAAACUCAAUGGAAAGUUCUUCCAAUUGAUAACCAUCCAAUAUUGGAAACUCUUUGGUUUUUGUUGUUAUUGUGAAGUAAAGGUAAUCUUGUUCUAACUUCUCUACAAGGUUCUUAGGGCAGCUGGAAGCAAUGUUCUUGAGCAUAUGUUGUUUCCUUGUGAAAUUUUGUGACUGUAGGUACUGCUUUUGCUUCUUUCACCUUUUUUCCUUUAAGGAAGAAUGUUUAAAAGGGUUGUGGUUUUUUUUCUUUGGUCUCUGCUUUAUGGUCUAUUACUUAUGGUUCCUGAGGUUUAAAGCCUGGCCUAAUCUACUUGAUUUUAUUCUCUGAAAGAGAGUCUACUUGCAAUAUUUGAAGGGGAGAAGGAAGACAUUUGCAGGCUUUCACUAGUCAUAUUUGACCAUGUAUGUGAAAUGCAGCUGACACUCCUCUAUUAAACUUUUAUUCCAGU